CCAAGGUUUCUGGGUAUUUAGUCAGCUGUUUUUAGCUCCUGGCCGCAGUUGAUGAGUUACGGCUAAGUCUAGAGCUGUAAGCUAGCGAAUUCCAGUACAAUUAUAUAGAGCAUACUUCGUUGUAUUAGACAUUAGCGCAAUAAAAUGCGAGGAGACUUAGAACAAUAGCUAGCUACUGCUCCGCCCUCUGUGUUGCAAGCUGCAGAGAUGACAGACGGUGAACGGCCUCGCUCAGAGGGGAAUGCUUCAGAAUAUGACACAGACUUCGAGUGCGAGGAAGAGGAGGUUGGAGGUGUUCAGUCAGAUGGCAGUUCAUUCAGCGAGGGUGGCCAGGGUAGUGGUGGUGUGGCGGGGAGAAAGAGGCUGCGUAGUGAGGCAGCAACAGCAGCAGCUAACAUCAACCUCACAGAGACGUCUUCUUCUCAAGAUGCCAAGUGCAAGCAAGCCAGCAACCUGCACAACGAGAGGGAGAAAGAGAGGAGAAAAGACCUGAAGCAGGCGGUCCAUAGGCUCAGAAACCAGCUCCAGCUGCACCAGACAAAAAAGGCCACCACAAUCAGUGUUCUAAAGGCCUCAGAGCUGGAGAUCAAGGUAGUAAAUGAUCUGGUGGUGGUCUAGGAUCAGUUCUGCCUGCCAAUGACCAGCUCAUGUUUUUCCCAAAACUUGUUAGCAUGAUAAAAAUUUUCUAUGUGAAGGUUAACUACCUUCCAUUACAUAGCAAGUGGGUAUAUCCACACCUAGCUGUAAUAGACUCAGUAAUUAUUGGGGUCCACACAAUUAUAUUGGGUAGCACAGAGUAUUAUUAUUCUGAUAUCAACACACAAUUGGUAAGAAAAUUACACAAUUUUGAAAAAUGGCAAAUCCUGUUUAAUCAAUAAGUUUGAUAGACUUGAUAGCCCUCCAGCAAUAUCUGGUGUAUCAUAACACAGCGUGAUGAGCAUUCUUGAAAUUUCCCUCGGGGACGCAAAACUCUGCCUCUGCAAGGGACUCCCGUGUUUUGUCCAGUUAGGGGGUGGCAGACUGUGACUGACCAAAACUAACACAGCUCUGUGUAUUUGAGUGUUUAGAAAACAGGGGAAGGCAGAAUCAGCGUGGAAAGGCCCACACAUACUGUCUGAACACACACAGGAAAUAUGGGGACUGCCUCUGACUUUACGAAAAUCCCAUGCAUCAUUGAGAGUAGGUACGUAAACUAGAAAAGGUAUGUUUUGUUUUUAGUUGCACAAUGCAAUUUAAACAACAGAGCGAGAGGCAAAGUUGCAGAUUGAGUAUUUCCCUUCGUUGAGGUGUGGUGUAUGCUCCUUUGUUUGUCUGCUUAUUUUGUUUGAUGGGGAAAGAUGACCGUUUUCGGUUUUUAUUACCCUAUCGAAUUACAGGAGAACCCCCCCUUGCUUGUGCUUCAACUGCAAAACCCACAAUAUUGGUAUAUAUAUACCGAGUUUGAAGAACUAGAAUUGAAAAUUUGUACGUAGGCUAUAGUGUAUACCAUUGUGUUAGUGUAUAAGUAUUAUCUCUCUUGCUAUCUCCUUAUGAGUGCUGGUUCGUGGAAUGUACUGAACUUACGGUAAAGGGAGUAGAGUGUGCCUGAGCUGUGUAUACUGUGUCACCCCUGAAUAAUGAUAUCCCUUUUGGAACAAUCCCUCUGUGGCUGCCGAUAAGCUCUCCAGUUUCCUGCAGAAUUCCUAAUAUACUUCUGAUUCUUCUACCGCCUGAAUCCACCACUAGCAUGAGCUUGCAAAUAUCUAUCUGGAGAAUGAGAACUUCAGUGGACUGAAAAUUUCUUUUGCCGGGUAGCUUGAUAAGUAUGGUGUCGGUUUGGGGAGUUUUUUGGGACAGUUUUCCUAGGGGUUGUGGUGUAUCCCUAGAGUGCUAGGGUGGCCACACACGAUAGCCAGUUCAAAGGGUGCCACCGCGGCUAGUUCAAAAGAAAUGCCGCGGGGAGUCUAAAGAACGCGAGUGCCUUGAUCGGGUGUAAGGGUAUGGCUGGAGGAAACACGUUUCAGUGUGGCAUGUGCCCUGCAAGGCCAAUAUAUGACUCUCUGGUAUUUUUAAGAUCACGCAUGAGAUUCUAACAACUGCAAAGAAGCAACUCUAAACCCAGUAUAAUAUAUACCACGUUUUCCAAAGCUUUUCUGAGCACCCACAACACUCUGCUCACACUGUUUCUACUAAGUAUCAGUGCAGCUCAGCAGGCAGAGCUUUAAUCUACAAUACAACACAAAAAUUCAUUGACAAACACCUGCAGCAUUACAUAGCCCUAUGUGCUUGAAUAGAAAGUAGCCACUGCUUGUAAUACACAGGAUUUGUGCACACUGUGACCAAGGUGUGAAGGUUAAAGAAGUUGAGUUGAGUCUUGUGUUUCCCAGGAUCUUCUGAAGAUGGAGGAGACCCAGGAUAGACAGCUGACAGAACUGCAGACGCAGCAAAAGCACCUCAUCUGGAAACUGGAGGGUCUAAUGUAAGUCAGUCAGACAGCCAGCACACGAGCAUUUGGACUAGAGCAUUUCGACUUAAUCUUACCAACGUUCUGUUGUACUCCACCUUCUACUAGAAUGUUUUGUCAGUGGUCUCUGUAUGAAUAAGAGAAAUAGCUACAUAAAUAACUAUCUGGAAAAGAGGGGUGGGAAAGAACAGUUAAGGUGUGUGGGACGGGAGCAUAGGGAAAGGUGUGUGGGACAGGAGCGUGGGACUAUAAUAGUGGACUCUUUCUGUGUCCAUAUCCUGUGUCCUUAUCCGCUGUGGUCUCACUAAAAAAAAACCCGGGUACAAGCUAAAACCAUGCAGAAGGGUGGCGUGAGUGUGUGAGAUAGUUCUCAGGGAAUCCUGCUGGGC